UUUCUUUCAAACUCUAAACAUCCCCAAAUUCCCUUCACCCUAAUCUACAAUUCUCCUUCUUCUCGCAUUCAUGUAAAUCUGCAUCGAUUUUUCUUCUUUUUUUAAAAAAAUAAAAACCUCCUUAGCUUUCUCUCUGUCGUAUCGUUUUUAUUUUUUGUCAAUAUAAAUAAUAAUGACGAAGAAGAGAAAAUCCGACGCCACGCGCCUUGACGAGGUUGAUCGCACCAUGUACACGAGUUUUUGCAGCGCCGCGAACUCCCUCUCCCAGCUUUAUACGCAGGCCAUGAACCACCAACGCCUUUCCUUUCAAGCCGGUGAACGUCACGCGCUGGAGAAACUCUAUCAAUGGAUUCUGAGGCAGCAAGAAGAAGGUUCAAGGGCAACGACUAUCGAUAUAGUUGCGUAUUUGCAGAAUGAGCUCGAAUAUGGAGGAGAGGAGCUGCCAAUGUCCCCUAGGCUGCCGUUGCAGCAUAUGCAUUCCCAAACUCCAACACAGUUGAACAGUUUAGGCGCUCAUGUUUCUUCCAAUCCAUUAUCAUCAGCAAUUACUGGGCAGGGAGUUCGGUCUGGUGAUAAUCAAGGUAAGAAUUCGGUUUUCUCGAAUGCUCUCUCAAGCCCUGUUCGCCGGAGCCUUCAGCACUACCACUUGACACAGGGCGGUUACAAUUCAAACAAUGUUUUAUCAUCACUAAACGGACAACGCAAUAACGAAAGCAACUACCCUCACCAUCAAAAUAGGGAUGCCAAUUCCCCCAGCCCCAAUGACUGCAUGGACAUGCAUUCCGAUAGUCCUGCACAUGAUUCUCCUUGAUAAAAUAUUUGGGAUCUGCUUUUCUUGUGGUAUUAGAAUUUCUGGAAUCCUAUUCAUUAUAGUGCAAAA